AUGGCGACAGUCGAGGAGCAAAGAAAGCUGGUCAAGCUCGUGUGCAAACAGUAUUGGUCCACUCCCUGGGAGCCACUGGCAGAAAGACAGCGUAAUUCUGCGCGCGACCGUCCUGCAAGAGGUAAUAUAUGGAUCAGUCGAGUUGCUUUUCCAGCGCCCUCGAGUCCCAGUGUGCGUGAUGUACUAUAUCGAGUUAUCAAUCAUCUCAAGAGAGACUAUCAUUGCAUAACUCCGGCCGAGGAGACGCCUAUCAUCGAUGUUGGUGUCGAGUUUAUAGGAGAACGUGCGGGUGUAGCUUCUGAUGCUCCUGAGCCUGAUAUCCCGGAGGAAGACAAGCUACGAGCACUGGAAAAAGAAUGUACGAGUGAUAUGACGAUACUUUACAUUCAUGGAGGGGGUCUUUAUUUCAGCAGUCCUGCAGAAUAUAGAGCAGCAUCCGUUCGACUAGCUAAAAUGACCAAGGCUCGCGUCGCAUCGAUGCGAUAUCGGUUGGCGCCGAAUAACUCAUUCCCUGCACCAAUACUUGACACGCUGGUGGCUUAUGCUAGUCUAAUCCAUCCACCACCUGGCGCACCAUGGUCUGCUGUGCCUGCGGACCGCAUUGUUUUAGCUGGGAACAGUGCCGGUGCUAAUCUCGGCCUGGGCCUAAUCAAGUUCCUGCUUGAGUUGCAGAAGCUGUCCGGACAGCCGGUCCCAUCCAUUGCAGAUUUUCACGGCCGGACUAUCUCUCUGCCACUUCCUGCAGGAAUUGCUACUGUAAGUGGAUGGUGCGAUCAAUGUGAUGCGCUUCCCUCGUGGCACAAAAACGGCGAGUACGACAUUCUAGGUGUUCUCCAGCCCGCCUGCAUGCCACGCCAUCCGACAGAUAGCAUCUGGCCUACGAAUCCGCCGCGUGAGCAUCCUUACUGUGUGGCGGCAACACUCGAUCAUGAACUACGUGGCAUUGAUGGAAACCGAGUCGUGGCCAGCCAGGCAGCCAAAUCCGGUGUCACGGUGACUUGGAACGAGUACGAAGGCAUGCCACAUGAUUUCAUUCUCAUAAUGAGAAUGCUCCCACAAGCCAAACAUGCUCUGGGCCUUUGGGUGCGUGCUUGUAUUGACAUGUUCGAGUCGAAAAAGGGCCGUCAGACCGCGGCAAAGUCUUCUGCGAUACGAUGGUUAAUGCCUGACUGUAAAAAGAAUAUCGAUCUUGGAGAUCCCCGAGAUAUUUUACCGCUGCCGUUUGAAGAGGUUCGGAAGAAGAUGAGAGCAUAUAAUGUAACGCGCCCGGUAUGGACAGGGAAGCUGGGAGAGCCUCACUUAUAA